AUUGAAGUGUAGAUUUAUUUUUUUAUAAAAUGUUUAAAGUAUCUUUUUUAAAAUUUAAUAAAGCUUAAGAAUUUCGCUUUCUAACAAGGGAUGGUCGAGUCGUGUGAAGGUAGCAGCCGCGAACCAAUGGCCACUAUAAAAAGCAGCAAGAAGUGCCAACUUGAUUUUUCUUGGUCCCACACCGGAAAAGGAUACCACUUUCAUCUGGCCAAAAUACCAGUUAUGUUAUUUAUACGUGGACCGUAUCAUAAGAUUAUGAAUUUUUAAAAUCUAUGCUAGGAGAAAGAAAACUUUCAUUGCAAAGUAAGAUCGAUAGAUAUCCUUAAAAAUUACACCAACUCUUUCUGUAUUGUGGAAUUAAGAAAUUUUCAUAUGUAUAAUAGCAAUUCCCUCGUCUCUAUCCCCCCUUAUCUGUUUGAUUUCUACAGUGGUAAAGUGCCUCAUGUUAACAUAUAACUCAGCUGUUUUGAUUAUGAGAUGAUUUUUUAUAAAAUAUUAAAGUUGAAUAAAAUAUUACUAAAAUAUUUUUUUUAAUAUUAUUAUUAUUUUAAAAUUUAAAAAAUUUAAAAUAUUUAUUACAUUUUACGUAAAAAUUUUAAAAAAAAUUAUAAUAAAAAAUGGAGAUGAAAACCUUUGCGAAGCCAACGUAAUCAAGCUGAACUAGGAUAUUGGCGACCGUUUCACUUCUUGUUCAGUUCAGUUCCCCGUUGACUUCCUCGGCUAAAGCACGCGCAAAGGCAACUUAUGGGAGUGAGAAAAGAAGACGACGAACCUCUGUUAGUGUCAGGCCCACAACAAAAUGAACAACAAGAAGAAGAAGAAGAGCAAGAGCGACGUAGAGAAGGAAAUGUAGGGGAUCUGGUCAGACAAACAUGGUUGGAGUCGAGGAAGAUGUGGGCGAUUGCGGGGCCCUCUAUUUUUAGCAGGCUGGCAAUGUUCUCCAUGACCGUCAUAACACAGUCAUUCGCCGGCCACCUUAGUGACCUUGACCUCGCCGCAAUCUCCAUAGCCUCCACCGUCAUCAUAGCUUUCACUUUCGGCUUCUUGCUGGGCAUGGCUAGCGCGCUCGAGACGCUCUGUGGCCAAGCUUACGGAGCCAGACAGUACCACAUGUUGGGUAUCUACCUUCAGCGUUCUUGGAUUGUUCUGUUUUUAUUUUCGCUUCUGCUACUGCCCAUGUUCGUGUUUGCUACGCCCAUACUAAAGCUUCUCGGCCAGUCCGAUGCGGUGGCGGACGAGUCGGGGGUGGUGGCAAUGUGGCUUAUUCCGAUGCACCUGAGCUUCCCAUUUCAGUUCACAUUGCAGAGGUUCUUGCAGUGCCAACUAAAGACGGGGGUUAUUGCUUGGAUCUCAGGGGGGGCUCUUGCAGUCCACGUGUUUGUGAGUUGGCUUUUUGUAUAUAAACUGAGCGUGGGGAUUGUUGGGACUGCUCUUACUCUUGAUUUCUCGUGGUGGCUGUCUGUUUUGGGGCUUUUUGGUUACGCUGUAUGUGGAGGAUGUCCUCAUUCUUGGACUGGUUUUUCAGCUCAAGCUUUGAGUGGGAUCUCGGAAUUUUUUAAGCUCUCUGUGGCUUCUGGGGUUAUGCUCGCGUUGGAAAAUUUCUAUUACAGAAUGUUGAUUAUAGUGUCGGGGUAUUUUCACAAAACUGAGGUUGCAGUUGAUGCACUUUCCAUCUGCAUAACUAUCUUUGCCUGGGAAUCUAUGAUUCCUCUUGGAUUUCUGGCUGCAACUGGUGUACGUGUAGCAAAUGAGCUUGGUGCAGGCAAUGCAAAAUGUGCAAAAUUUGCAACCACAGUCUCAGUGUUGACCUCCUUAGUUGUUGGACUUCUGUUUUGGUCAAUAAUCAUGGGCUUCCAUGAGAAGCUUGUGAUGAUAUUUACCUCCAACCCUUCCGUUAUUGCAAUGGUCAAUGAAUUAGCAGUCCUAUUGGCAUUCACAUUACUUGUAAAUUGCAUUCAACCAGUUCUUUCGGGGGUAGCUGUUGGAGCUGGUUGGCAAGCUGUAGUGGCUUUCAUAAACAUAGGUAGCUACUACUUAGUUGGGGUCCCUCUUGCGGUUUUCCUGGGCUGGUUGCUACCUUCUGGGAUUACGAGUAUCUGGGCUGGAAUGAUUUGUGGAACUGUGGUUCAGACAUUGAUACUAACCGUCAUCACCCUGAGAUUUGAAUGGGAAAUAGAGGCACAGAAGGCGCAUAUUCAUAUAACAAACGAGGCAGCAUCUAACAGCUAACCUCAACUCAACGAAUGUGUAACUUAUAAAGCCUGAGAUGUCGUUCUAUUUAAAAUGGGAGCAUUCUGUUCAUCUAUAUAACACAUGUUAAGAUAUACACUAUGAGAUCUGGUAUUAUAAAAUAGAACAUAUUGCAUAUAACAUGGCUCAAUCUCACCCAAUAACAUUGAAUCUAGCAUAAAGCAUCGCUUUAGAGAAGCCGGGAGAGAUGAAGUAAGAAAACAGAGUGCUUAAGGUACAAGUGGCAGAUAAAGGUCGUUGAAGGGCAUUGUGGACAGCCUUGAGUGUGGCUCAUGACUCCAGCCGUUUCAUGGGCUCCAAGAGCUACCCAUAGGCAUCAUGUUGAAGGAUCCCCAGCAAUGGCGGGCUGUGGAUGGAUCUGUUGGUGAUGAGUGCAUAUCAUCCCUUCUCAUCAAUGCCAUUCUGGUGUCCAUGGUAAUCUUUCCUUCUCAACUUUACUUACCGGUAUUGAGCGUGUAGGGGAGAUAUUGUACCAUGCCUUACUUAAGAUGGCAUUGUUCUGGGCGUGAUUAGUACUGUUGUUUGAGUUAGCAUUGUGUUGUGGAGUUGUGGUUGAGUUGGUGUUCAUCUUUGGUUGUGUUGUUUAGCCCUGUUGUAAGAUUUGAUCUCUUGGAUUGAAGAAGUUUUACACGUGUUACGCUUUGUGGUAUA